GGUAGAUGGGCUCUGCUCCUGUCACCUUUAAGUCAAGAUAUUUAGAGAAAAAGAGACGAGCUUGCUGGUGUUGUGCCUGUGUCUGCAAUGCCUACCUGGCUGAAGGGGCUGCUGCAGCUGUUUCUGCUCCACACCGCCUGGAAAAUGGGGAGCGGCCAGCUCCAUUAUUCUGUGCUGGAGGAAUCCCAACAUGGCACCUUUGUGGGCCGCAUUGCCCAGGAUCUGGAGUUGGAAGUGAGAGAGCUGGUGCCUCGGAUGUUCCGGAUGUUGUCCAAAGGAGAGAAGGACUAUUUUGAGGUAAACCUGCAGAAUGGGAUCUUGUUUGUAAAUUCCCUGAUAGACCGGGAGGAGCUGUGUGCCAAGAAUGCAGACUGUGUCCUUUCUCUGGAUAUGAUUGUGGAGAAACCUCUGAGGUUCUUCCAUGUGGAGGUUGAAAUAAAAGACAUUAAUGACAAUGCUCCUGUCUUCUCUGUCAGGGAACAGAUACUGAGCAUAGCAGAAUUGAUAACUUCUGGGAUACGAUUUGCCUUAGAGAGAGCCUCUGAUGCAGAUGUUGGUACUAAUGCUUUGUUAACUUACAAGCUGAGCGCAAACAACCAUUUUAGUCUUGAUUCAGGAAAUAAUGAAGAUGAUAGCAAAUAUGUAGUUCUUGUACUGAAGGUGCCACUUGACAGAGAGGAGAAUCCUGUGCAUCAUUUAGUAUUGACAGCCACUGAUGCAGGGGAACCAAAACUCACAGGAACUGUUCGGCUAGUCAUCAAUGUGCUGGAUGUGAAUGACAACCCUCCUGUCUUUAACCAAUCUGUUUAUAGGGUAAAGUUGCUAGAAAAUACAGCUAGUGGGUCAUUAGUUAUUACUCUGAAUGCUAUUGACUUAGAUGAAGGGAUUAAUAGGGAAAUCUCUUAUUUUUUUAGUAAUAGCCUACCUCUAGACGUGACAAAGCUCUUUAGUAUAAAUUCUGACACUGGGGAAAUCAGAGUAAUUGGAAAAUUGGACUAUGAAGAUAUUAAUUGCUAUGAACUUCAAAUUGUUGCAGAAGAUAAAG